AUGUGGCACACAGCUGAGAGGACUCCAGCUACAAAGGCCAUCCAAGCUCGCAGAUACGAAAAGGACGACAUAGCCGGCGACAAGAUUGCUGAAAUGGAUAUUCCGAAUUCAUCGUCUCGCACUACUGCGAUCCGCGACGAGCGCUCGCCUUUGCUAUCUGACAAUGAAGCAGACGGCCCUCUCUACAGAACCAUAAGUGUAUGACUCUCGUCUCGUCGUGGGGUUCGGUCUCGAUUAACGACUUGUUAGAGGAGUACCACGGCAGAGUUUCUCCCCCCAGACGACGCAGACAUUGGAACCUCCAAACAGAAUACUUCCCAAAAAGGAUCUGUGUCGAGCGGAGUCUACGCCACCAUCUCCGUCCUUCUACUGGGCGUCUUCCUCUGCAACGCCGACCAAAGCCUCGUCCUAGCAACCUAUGGCAAAGUCGCCUCAGAGUUCAACGACUUCGAUUCCGGGUCAUGGAUCAUCUCAGCCUACAUCAUCGCUCAGUGCGUUGCACAGCCGCUCUAUGGAAAACUAAGCGAUAUCUACGGACGGAAAGCUUGUCUGCAGACGUCUUAUAUACUCUUUACGAUCGGAACUGCUUUUACCGGUUUGGGGAGGUCGAUGGGGGAGGUGAUAGCCUCGAGAGCAGUGCAAGGCGCUGGUGCGGCGGGGAUGACGAGUAUGGUUUCGAUCAUCAUUACGGAUUUGGUGCCGAUUAGUGAGGUGGCUACUUUGAGGGCUUAUGUUAAUAUUCUCCAGACUACGGGGAGAGGCGCUGGGGGCGUUAUUGGGGGUGUACUCACAUAUUGGCUUGGAUGGAGAUGGUAUGGACACCCUUCGACAUUGCAGUUGUGGGAGUGUACUGACUGGAUUAUAGGGCCUUUCUCGUCCAGGUGCCGCCGACAAUCAUCGCUAUCCUGCUCGUUCAAUGGCGACUAAAGAUGCCGCCUACAGAAGGCAAUGAACUCACGAGGUGGCAAAAGCUGAAGCGCGUGGACUUCACCGGGAGCCUUCUUCUAUGCCUAACAAUCUUCUCAGCCUGCUGUCUGUUAGAAACGGGCGGACAGAAGUACCCCUGGAACUCAACACCUAUUAUCACCAUGGCCAUUGCCUUCGCCACUGCUCUCAUCCUAUUCCUCAUCUCAGCCCGAUUCGCCGCUGAGCCCAUCUUCCCUCUCCGACUCAUGACCCACUAUGCCGUCUGGACGAACUACCUGAUCGUCAUCCUCCAAAUCAUGGUCCAGUUCUCCCUCGUGAUGAUCGUACCCAUCUACUUUCAAGUCACAGCAAAAGCUACAACCGCAGCAGCAGGCGCCUACCUUAUUCCCGCCUUCAUCGGCAACACUUUUGGAGGCCUGAUAUCAGGGCACUGGAUCAAGUCUACAGGACUAUACAAACCACCGACAGUCGCGGCUCCUUUUCUGGCGAUUCUUUCCGUCUGCCUUUGUUUUGCUCUGUGGAAUGGUCACACGACUGUCUUGGAAUCUUUUGCUACUUUACCUGGCGGUAUGGCAGCUGGUAUGGUUUCCAGCUCGGCUUUUGUGGGUCUUGCUGCUGGUGUUGAAGAGGGGGAUAUGGCUGUUGCUGGCUCGGGAAUGUACCUUUGCUUUAGUCUUGGUGCUAUCGCUGGAGCUAGUGCUGGAUCUGCUGUCUAUCAGACUUCGUUGAAGAUGGGAUUGGAGAGUGCCUUGGCGGGGAUCGAGAAUGGGACGCAGGUACGUCGUCGUCGGGGGGGACUUGAAGACCACGAUGAUGCUGACUUUGGAUAUCGCAGAUCAUGCAACGCGCUCUGGAAGAUAUCACGUUUGUGCAGAAUGCGGAAGAGACGAUACGUAAAUUGAUUGUCCCAGCGUUUGUCAACAGCUUCCAUCAAGUGAAUUGUAAGUGCUCUGGACUAAUCGGACGGACUGCGAAUGCUGACUGAUGCUGCUUUAGUACUUGAACUCGGCUGCGCUGGCGUGUGUCUGUUACUAGCUGCGUUUUCGCAAGGCAAGCGGCUCAAGCACUAG